ACUGUCAGAAUAAUGCAAAGGGAAGUUUGAGUCAAGCAACACACAAGCUGUGUCCUUUUCUUUUGCAACAGUGAAGUUGCAGAGAUCAGAGAUAUCUUGACUUUUGCCCAUGUUCGAUGAACAGAAUGAACAUGCUGAUGACGUAGUGGAAACAGUUAUUCAAGUGGUGUAGAAAACCUCACUAUAUCAUCUAGGCUACCGAAAGUUUGACCACAGAACAACAACAGCUGUUGUAGUAGAGAGAGUGAUUUACAGACGAAGCUUACAAGCAUGGAUGUCAUCUUCAAGGAGGGCAUGCUGUACCUUCAGGGGGUCAAGUUUGGAAAAAGAACGUGGCGCAAAAUAUGGAUGGUGCUUUUUAAACCCAGCCCCUCAGGUGUUGGCCGGCUGGAGUUCUAUACUGUGGUUGAUAACAUGGCUAUUACUGAACAGAGGAAGACCAGCCGGCUGAAAACGCCCGAGAGAAAGGUGGUGCGUCUAAGUGACUGCCUCAGUGUCAGCCCUGCUCCAAAGGAGUCUUGCCCCCGCGGGUGCACGGCCUUCUACUUGAACACCACACAGUCCAAAUACACCCUCGCCUCAAUGACAAGCGAGGAUUGGCUGAGCGCCCUCUGUCUUCUAGCCUUCCAGAAGGAUCCUGGAGAGUCAGACAAAGGGGGUUUCGAGAGAGGAAAUGACUUGACCAUGGAGGACAAUGAUCUUUACUCAUCUUGGAAAGCCGAUCAGACCCCUCAUCCAAACUGCUACAAAGUGACUGUCCAGAGCACAGAGGCGUCGAGGAGGUGCAAGUUGGCCGGAGACUAUCUGAUCUCCACAGACAAUGAGGCUGUGUUACUGCUCGCCGUCAAAACUGGUCAGACCAUCUACAACUGGCCAUACAGGCUCUUACGCAAAUUUGGACAAGUUGAGGGGGGAUUCAGCAUUGAAGCAGGCCGUCGCUGUGACUCAGGAGAAGGAAGGUUCAUCUUCCUGUCCUUGAACGGUCCCCAGAUCUUCGCGACUAUAUCCAGGCAGUGCUCCGUUGAGAAGCAGCCCGCUGCCCAAUCACUCAGUGUCGAUGGAAGAUCAACAUGUCGCAUGUCUCUUCCCAACUUACCGAGCAUGAUCAGCCAAGCCGCUGGUCCUUCUGAUUCCAGUCCUGCAGAGGCAGACUCAGAUGAUGAUUCUGACAGCCACUAUUCAACUAUUGACCCCUCUCAAUUUAAUGUAAAGCAAUCAUCUCUUUUUCGUCCUCAUCUCACUAACAGUAAGGAAGCUGUGCAAGAAGAAAGCGAGGAUGAGGAUGAGGAAGAACAGUAUCAUUCCGUGGAGGCUUUUAACAUGGAUAGUGACAUGGAUGACAGCAUUUAUUAUAACGUGGCGAGAUCCACGCCACCUUUGAUUAGAAAAUAUCAGUUCAUGCCUGCAAGAGAGGAUUCAGAGUGCAUCUAUUCAGACUUGAAAUUAGUUGAGUACCCCUCAGAUUCCCAGCUGCAGCCUUACUCCUCACCCCUUCCUCCGCCUGUGCUCCCGCCUGUGCCCCCGCCUCUUCCCCCGCCUCUUCCCCCGCCUGUGCCCCCACCUUUGCCCCCACCUUUGCUCCCACCUGUGCCCCCGCCUGUGCCCCCGCCUCCUCCCUGUAACCUGCCCCAACCCGCUACUUACGCUCUACCCAAGCCCCGAUACCAGCUCCAGCCCCCUGUGAGUAACUACAUCCAGCCAGGGUACAAUGCACAGGCUCAGCCAGUGGAUGACAUGGAUGAGAUGGAGGAGGCCACCAGCUCCUCUACGCGUGUUAACCCAACAGAGGCCCCUGGCAGUUUUAAACACAGGCUGGCAGAAAUCAUUUCAAAGGACCUGGCGAAGUUCCAGCCUCCUCUCCCUUCUGGAGGGGGCAGCCCCCCAUAUUCUCUGUAGGCUAUUAGUUAACAGACAGACUGGAAGGAGCAAUUUUAAGCAUGAUAGAUAGUCAUAAAGCAUAAUUAGCUUCAGCUUCUUCUUUCCCUUUUGAUUUCUUUAAAAAUCCCUUUCACUGGGAACACAUUGAAAGGCAUCAGAGUUUGGUUCUUAUACAUUCUUACAGUGAUCUAUGUUGUAUGAAAGAUGCACCUUAAAUACAUUUUAUUGUGUGGAUUGUUGUUGCAAAAAGAGGAUUCAUUUAAUGUGGUUCUUUACUGCUGUAAUGUUAGAAAAAAAGAUAUAGAUUGAUACAGUAUCUUUAGUGUGAAGUUGACAUCAGAUAAGCUGAAUGGACAACUGACUGAUGGACUGCUUCAUAAAGGAGAUCCAGGUGAAGAACAUUUUAUGGCAACAGCUUUGGGAAAAUUAUGUUUCUUUAUAAGAGUCAGUUACACAACAUCUUUUGGAUUCACCUCCUCUAGUUUAUGUUUUUUGCUUCCAUAUCUUAGCUUUCUUAACAUAAAGACAGUUUAUCUCAUAUAAAUCAACAGUUUAUAUGGUCGAAAUUCCAAGAGCCCAAGUCUUGUUAUGUAUUUGUGUUAUAUGGGACACUUGAAUCUGUUUGUUGAAUUAUUGAAAUUGAACUGCAAUGUAUUGCUGACUGAAAUGUGAAAUACACACAAUUUAAAACACACAGAUUUAUGUCUCAAAUAUAUCUUUAUUGUAGCAAAAAAACAUCCUCAUAAAAUACCCCAUAUACAUAAAUACCAAAAUAAUUGUUUUUAAUUUAGACAAAAUGUCACCAAUGACACUGAAAAUGUCUUUAGUGAUGGUUCAGUUCAUAUAAAGUGCAAAAACAGGCUGUAAGAGUUCAACUUGGCCUUGAGAGAGAAUGAAUUCAAGAUCUUAGUAGGUGUGUUUAAGUUUUACCUGGAGUGUUUUUUUCAUUUGGCAGAGCAACAUCUACUGUAAGCUAUGACGGAAGAAUAUAGUGUAUGACUAUCUCAUGUAUGAGCAACAUUUCUACAAGCUGUAAUAUUUGGUUAACCUGACACUUCCUAUAACAGAAACUGACAGUUAGUGGUGUCUA